GCGUGCUUGACUGCUUGUCUGUUUCUCGAUCGCACCGUGUUAUUCGUGCCGUGUAUUUAUUAAUUUAUUAUUGUAUUUUCUUCUUUUUUACUGUAGUUUGUAAAAGUAUAAUAGCUGUCGCUAAAACAUGGUUUGCUGUGAAUUAUAUUCAAGAUUGAAUUUUGAGUUAUUGCUUAUCAAUUGAGCUUAAGUUAUAAGAUAAAUAAAUAUUUAGAACAGUGUUUUAUUCUGCGGUAACUGCGGAAAGUUUUAGUUCAAACAAAAGUGUGUAAUAUAAGAUAAACUAGUAUUUAAGAAAUCAUUAAAAUGGAUGGGGUAACUCAUAAUAAAACUAUUGGAUUGUGGAUGUCCAACAAGAAAAGCCAAAAGCUUAAUUGGAAAGAAUUUUUUAAGGCGUGUGCUUCUCAUGGAUACAAUUUAGUCAGAUUGGACUUGGAAAGAUCAUUAGAAGACCAGGGACCAAUAAAUGUAUUCCUCCACAAAUUAACAGAUGUCAUUGCUGCAGCUGAUCAAGGAGACCCAAAGGCAUCAAUAACCAUUAGUCGAGUGGAGCAGUACUUGUCAAACCAUCCAAAUAUAACAGUUAUUGAUCCUUUGGACAAUGUGAGGAUUCUUCUUAAUAGGUACUGCUACUACUCAAUUCUUCAAAAUGAGCCAUCACUACAUCAGCAAGGGAUAUUCACGCCAUCAUUUGCCGAGUUCACGACCACCAACAUAGAAAUGAACAUAGAGAUAAUGAGACAAAGGGGUGUUAAGUUCCCCGUUAUUUGCAAGCCUACUAUUGCCCACGGGUCCAAGUCUGCACAUGAUAUGAUUGUCAUAUUCAAUGAGAAGGGCUUGUAUGUGUGCAAGCCGCCAUGUGUAGUGCAGAGCUUUGUCAACCAUAAUGCAGUACUACAUAAAGUAUUCCUAAUAGGAGAUAGAUAUCACAUUUGCGAGCGUCCGAGCCUGAAAAACUUCUACGCAUCAGAAGAUUUAGAGCCAAUAUAUUACAGUACGGGUGAAGUUUGCAAAGCAGAUAGUCAGUCCACGCUCUCAAUACUCGACCCUCACGAUAAGGCUGAUAUCACACUUACGCUAAAUGAAGAUAAAAUCAAAACUAUCAUAAGGAUAUUAAGAAAGAGGAUUGGGUUACUCUUAGCUGGCUUCGACGUUGUCAUAGACAAUGUCACAGGUGGUCAUGCAGUCAUAGAUAUUAAUGUCUACCCAAGCUAUGAUAAUUUCCCUAACUUUUUUGAACAUCUCUUAGAUUCCAUAGAGGAGGCAGAGAGUAGAAAUGUGAAUAAGGUAUGUAACAAUGGAGAUUGUAAUGGAGUUUACGAGGAUGAAUACUUAGGACAUAAGAUGAAUGGUUUAAUAAAUGUUGGAAUGGAUCCAAUUAGAUUCGGUGUAACUGGUAUGAAUAUUAAUUGAAUUACUAUCAAUGUGUUGAACACAAACGCGUAUUUAUAACUUUAUUAUUAAUUAGAAAUUAUUGCUUCUAUGAGUCAUGUAUAAGUAAAAAUAUUGUUAUUUUGUUUGUUUUGAUGUUAAAUAAUUAUUUUUCUACAUAAGUAAUUAAAAAUGUAUUCACGCUUUACUAUGUAAUUAUUUGCUACGUAUGUAAUAUAAUUAUACAUUUAUAAAUAGUGUUCUUCUAGCAAAUAGAACAUUUGUAUUAUGAGGUAUAAAUACUUCAGUAUAGCUAAGAUGCAAAAAUCUCAUCUUACCAUAAAUUGUGAAUCUUUUAUAGGAAGGAUCGUAAUAUGUACCUACGAUUAAAAAACUUCUUAAUUUUUCAAUGUUCCAAAAAAGUAAUUUUAGACUGUGUAAGCACUUAUAAAUAUUGCGUGAAUAAAAAUAGUCUGUCGAGUAAAUGUGAUAAUUUAUUAUUCAUAUUAUUAAUUAAGUUGAAACUUUCAUUAGUAAAGUAUGUGUUAUUAUAACAUUAGUAUGAAAAGUAUUUUUUAAUUGAAAACGUAUUUUAUAAAUGCAUUUAAGCGAUAGACUACAAUAAAGGACACAUCACAAUAUUCAUUAAUCAAUGGUGCCGUUUACAUUCUGAAAUUACCACAGAUGGCAAUAAUUUGUAUCUAAAGAGGUCAAAUGUCUGACAAAUUGUUCACGCCGUGAAAUAGUGACUUCAUAAGUACGCACCUCGAUAAACCAAUUAAUGUAAUUGGAAUGUAUAGAAAAUUUCCAAUACUUGUCUUAAUAUGUAAUAUACUAAUGUUCUGUGUGAGUAGAAAUAUUGUCAUUUACUCACAUUAGUUUUAGAGAUGUCCAAUAUAAAGUAUACACAUAUAUUAAGAUGUUACAACAGUUUUUGACUUUAUUUAUACUCCAUUACCUAUUAUCUUCGGAGAUUGUGAUUCUAAAACUUCAUUGUAAAUGAUUAAUGUAAAUAUUAUGUAUACGUAUAGUUUGAUUAUCCAACUAUACAUUACUCUGUAUAUUUCAACUUUUAGUGCCUAAACAAACACAGAAAUAUAAUCUGAAUGUGUUCCAUAUACAGUUUACAUAUGUGAAGUUUCGGAUUCCAUUACAUAUUGGCAUUUCUGUCAACAUUCCAUUAUCAGUUGUUAUAUUAAAUUCUUUUCCAAUUUUUAUUUUAUGUAGGUAUUCGUGUGCACGUGAAUCAUGAAAUUGAUAUAAUUUUCUAUAAAAAACUAGCAUUGUUUUUCAAUUAUUUUCACACGUUACUUAAUUUUGUAUGUUGUAAUUGUAUAUUGCGAGAAUAAUUUUGUAUCAACCGCAGACUUAGGUGUUUAUGAUAUUUAUCGUAAAUUAUUAAUAGGUAUUAAUAACCAGAAAGAGACCACUAUCAUUGAUACAUAAUUUGCUUUAUGAUAUACUAUAUAUACCGACGGUUCAAGAGCGGGCUUAAGACUGACAUAGUCAUUUAAAUAACCAACUAGGUAUUAUAUCGCACAGACGCUUACAAAAUGGAAUUGAAAAUUUCAAUAGAACUUAGAAGAAAUAUUAUCUCCAUGUUGUUUAAAGUUUCUGAAUUUUGUGAUUUAAAUAGUUUUAGAAUCGAAUAUGUAAUCACAAGUAAUAGGUGUGUGUUAGGUCAGAAUAAAUUUCGCUACUUCUAGUCUAGUAGAAAAGUAAACUAUGUGUGGUUUACCUUAAAAAUUAAAUGUCUGUAUGUUUACAAGAAGCUCAUUAUUUUUAAGUUAUAUCAAAAUUAAGAUCCUUAUAAAGCAUUCUAAAAUAACAUAAUCUUGGCAGGAGUUCAAAACAUCUAAUUUUAGUGUACACAUAAGCUGUGUGCAUAUUCCUCUAAAUAGAAUAUUUGCUUUCAGUAUUUUAUGUGGACAUAUUUGAACUUAUUUGAAUAUGUGAAUAGAAUACGCUAAUUGGUUAAGAAAUAAUUAUCAAAUUGUGAUUGUUACUGAAUUAAAUAGUUCCUGGUUCUGAAAUGCUUAUUUUUUUUAAAGAGAAUAGGCAUGUGUGAAGAAUAUUGAUUACUGUUAGAAUCGUUUUACGUAUUGUAGCAGCACUUUAUUUUUACACGCAAUAGUUAGUAGAGAACUUCACUUACGUAUAUUAUACUGAGUAAAAAAUUUAAAUGGUCCUGAAUUUUGUACUGUCUAUUAAGUGAGAUUUCAAUCGGAUAAUGGUUUGGCCUAUGAACAAAGAGUUUCUAAAAAAAUUAAAUUGUUAUUUACUAUGAAAUAAAAACUCAUACUCUUUAAUUAGUAUGCUAGAUAUAAGAGUUUGUGAUUAAACUGUUAUUGAAAUACACGACUAGUGUAUCAUUCCAGAAAUCAAAUUUAUCAAAUGUAUUUUUUUGAUGGAGACUGAUUGAUAAAUUUAUGUUGUGAAUAGUUGUUAUAUCAUCCUAUUUUUGUAGCACGGAGAAUGUUAAGACCUGCAUUGGAAUACCUACUGAAGUACAUAUUGUUAAGGUUUAUAAUAUGUAUAAUUGACCUAUCUGUAUUUAAUUAUAAUAAUGAUAUUCGA